AUGCCUGUCUCUUCCUUUCACCACUCAUCCGCACAGGAUCCUACGGGACUCAUUAGGUCUCCAUCCCUGAGUAGCUUCUCUCGUCCCAUUACCUCUUGUCUACCGUGUCGUAGUCGCAAGGUCAAAUGUGACCGCCGACAACCGCUAUGUUUAGUGUGUGAACGAGGAAAUCAUGCCUGUUCUUAUGUGUCGAAGCCUCAGUCGCUCGGGCUGGCCUCGGGGUCGAGUCGGAUAACCAAACCCAACAGUACCCCCAAGAUCUCUUCAUCCACGCUAGCCCGAAUCAGUCCCGGUCUCCAACGUCUUGGUAACUCCAUGGCACAAGCGAAAGCAUAUGUGCCCUCUGAGGACUCAUUUCCACCAACACCAACGAUGCCCGUACAGCCGCGAUCGCAAGAAGAUACACUGGUUCUCGAUAAUGGGGUCCCUCACUUCGUCUCUAGCAAACACUGGGCCUGGAUGGCAGCAGAGCUCCAAGGCAUCCAAUCCGUUCUCGCGGAAUCUCAGGAUUCCGCCCCCGAGGCGCUCGAAGAUGUCAUCUGGGAUGCCGAUUGCCCUGUAGCUAGCGGGGCUACAUUCUGGCCUGAUACACGAGAGGAUUGCUAUUUACUCCUAAAUGUUUUCCUGGUCAAUGUCGACCCGAUUCACCGAGUCGUCCAUCGUCCGAGUUUGGCCCGUCGCUUUGACACAUUUGUUGGCGCCCAUUACCUCCUAGAAAACAACCACUUCCCUAUCAUAACGGGGAGAAGUAGCAGUAUGACUUUCCACCCGAAUAAUAUGGACGCAUUCGAGCCGCUAGCCAUGUCCAUAUUUUACGCGGCCGUCAACAGCAUGAACGAUAAUGACGUGGCCACCAUUUUCGGCACGGACAAGUCCUACCUACUGAAUCGAUACCGAACGGGAACGGAAGUGCAUCUGAAACGGCAGAAAUUCAUGACCUCCAAAGUCUUUGAGAUUUUGCAAGCAUUCGUGAUUUUUUUGACCGCGCAAUAUCGGGAAGAUGACAUGGGGAAGAUAUGGCCGUUGACUGGGCUGGCCAUUCGGAUAGCGACGGUCCACGGACUUCACCGGGACCCUUUAGCUCUACUGCUGGGGACGAUGGACGUCGUACAGGUGGAGCUGCGUCGUCGCUUGUGGGCACAGAUCUGUUACUUGGAUUUCCGCGCGGCUGAAGAUCAGGGUUUUGCGCCUUCAAUCCAUGAGUCGGACUUCGAUACGCGUCGACCCCUUAGCCUGGAUGAUGUCGAUCUCAUUGAAGGAGUGGCACCCUCGUCCGGGCUCUCGGAUGCCCCCAAAUUCACCGAUAUGACCAUCUAUCUCCUGCGGAUCACCACAGUUCAAUAUUACAGGCGUAUUAUUCAGGUGACACAUGCUUCGCGAAAGAAAUUGCGCGUCAGCGGUCCUGUGGAUGCGGCUGAAGCAUUAGUGGAGCUACAAAGCCUAUUGAGCACUGCUCAGACUCUUGCCAGCGAAUUUGAGAGGAAUCUGGACGAUCUCGUCCGAUACUGCGAUAAGAGGGUAAGUAUUCAAUCAAUGGCCUUGGAUUUGAGAAAUCACUUAAAAUCCAAGUUUUGGGUCAUGUUCUGGAUUCAAAUCUCGCGACAAGAUCGAGAGAAGGUCAUCAUUCCCGCUAUGAGAAGAAGUGUAUUCGUGAACGCCGUCACAGCUGUGGAGAACUGGUGCGCUAUCGCAUCCGCCAAGGCCUGUGAACCCUUUCAAUGGCAUAUCUUCUCCUAUGCCGGCUUCUCUCUGAUUCUCUACGUACUCUCUGAACUCUGCAGUCCCAGCUUUCAAUCUCCGGAGUGGGCCGAUCUCCGCCAGCGAGGCCUCCAAUUAGCGAAUACCAUCUACGAAAUCCGGGGUCAGUAUCCCACGGGUGCGUGGCCCGCAAUAAUUUGCUUGGUGAAUCAAAUUCGGUUCCAGCAGGGCCUCAGUUCUGGUAUUGACAACCAGCCUACUGAGACCGGUUCAUCUGAGAAUAAUCAUCCCAUGUCGAUAAACACAUUUGAUACUGCUCCUCCGGGUUUGGUGGAGACGGGCUUCGAUACGGCGGAUUUCAUGGGUAUGGUGAAUCUGGAAGACUUUGAUCUUGCGGACUUGGCCAGUUCGAAUCCGAUGGAAUUUCAAGGUCGCACUGAUUGA